AUUCCAAUGAUUUCUGCUCCAAAACCGGAUCUAACAAACUCUCACUGCCGUCCAAAGUGCUAGUAGUUCGAUUAGUGACAGGCUUCUGCUUGUGCCUCUCAGACCUUUCCAGUCUUACACACGUUCCGCAGCCUACUUCUGCUAGAUCUGUUCAUUCGAAUACUACAAGCUUUCGCGAUUAAUUCCCCCAGAAGGCACGAUGGAGAUCCCAGCGAUUCCUGCAAUUCCCCGCAAAGUCUCCACACGGAAGGAACGGCCCCCGGCUGCAACCGCGUCGUCGUCCAAACCCCAGGAGCCUGUACAACGCAGCGCGGACUGGCAGAAUGACGGGGAACUGACCGCCAGCCAGCGGAACGAAAUCGUCCUGCGUAAUGGCUCCUUCAGCGAUGUUCUCUUCCAUGUUGGCAAGAAACAGGUUCCUGUUUACGCUCACAAAUUAUUGCUGGCGAUGGGCAGCACGGUAUUCGCCCAGAUGGUGUACGAUGAAAAUCUGGAUAUUCCCAAAGUCCUGGAGGAUGUGGAACCCGACGUGUUUGAGAUCCUCCUCAUGUCAGUGUAUUCCAUCAAGGAGGACAACGUGGACGCCAGCAACGCCACGGCGGUUCUCAAAGCGGCCCGAACGUACGGCGCCAGACGUCUGGAAGUUUACUGCAUGGGGAAGGUGUACGACAGUAUCGAUGCCGAUGACCACUGUGCCAUGUGGACGACGGCUCUCGCGGCUGGCGAUGCGGAUACGGCGGAACGCGCUCUGGCCAGGAUCGACGAGGCCUUCGACACGGCCAGUCAGCAGGCGUCGUUCUUGGCGCUCAGUGUCAAGGACUUGGUGGAGCUCUUCCGACGGGAUACGUUGAAAGCCGAUGAAAUGGACGUCUAUCACGCGGCGGAACGAUGGGCAGAGGCGGUGUGCAAGCAGCACAAAUCGGACGACACGCCACAGAAUCGUCGGACAGUCCUUGGCGAAGCACUGGACCAGAUUCGUUUCCCACUUAUGACGCCGGAAGAACUUACGAACGGACCCGUUAAGACGGGACUGCUGCAGCCGCAGGACGUGACGGACAUCAUGCGCUACUGGUUCCAGAAGCCGACGCCGGUUAUUCGUUUCCGCGGGGAUAAACGCAGUGGCACCGUGGCCAUGGAUGCUGACGACAGUCAGCCGGAAAACGAGGAGAACGAAGUCCCCGACACGGCGACCGAAACCCCUGCUCAGAAACGCAAAACACUGCUGCAAUCUACUCCCGACAACGAGCGGAAGACGCGCCGCACCUCGGGAAAAGCCCAGGCCAGUCCGGAGAAGGUGACGCGGGUCAGCAACAAAAAGCAGCGUUUUUGAUGCUAACGACACGGAGGAAUUUUCGUGGCAUUUAGGCCAGUUCGACUGGAAAUCGCUCAUGAAUGAAAAUUGUUGAGAUUUUGUAUUAAUUUUUAUUUUUUAUCGGGAUUGCUAUGUGUUUUCGCGUGCCGUUUGCGCCUUGUGGUAUGUUAUCGUGCGCAAAACUUGCGGAAAUCUCAUGAUGGAUUUGUACAAAAGUGAUUUUUUGUUGCAGCGUGAGGGAUAAUUGUU